UCGUCACGUGACAUUGUGGGCGUUUCUGAAACCCGCGUUCCAUAAUGUCCGUAAACGCGACGAAACAAGUUCUUUAGGAUAGCAAACGUCACAGCCAACAUACACUGUUGACGACGUAACAGCCUUUAUUUCGAUUUUGUUGUCACAAAGAACAACACUAUCGCCCUUGUGUCAGCACAGAGAUUUACAUCGCUGCUCCUGGCUGCUCUUGUUUUGUUGGUCAAGCUAGCCUCAAGCGAGCUCCCGAGCGGACUCGGUUCGUUGUUGUUGGUGGUUUUUUUGCUGUUUGUUGGGAUUCGCCUACAAUCCCCUGGGAGAAACAUGACUCACAUCGGCAAUGCCCUGACAUUCACCCUACCUCUUAUCUUAGCUGUAGCCCUGCACCAAAUCUUGGCCGGUUGUCCUCACAAGAACCCCGGGAAGCCGGUGAUGGGCCGCUACCAAGUGAACGACACAAGGGGCUGUGCGUGCUUGCUGGCCAAUAUGGGUCUCCAGCUCAACAUCAGCUUCAGCUCAGCCUCCUUGAACAAGACGGUGCAGGAUGUCGUCAACCUUGAUCCCAACGUCACAAUGAGUUCUGGGUCAUGUGGUGCAGACAACGCCAUCUUGCGGCUGUCGGCGAAUGACAAUAAAACCAAUCUGACCUUUACGUUCACUGUGAACACCACGUCCAAUAAAUACCACGUGAGUGAAAUUUCCCUCUCUGCAGCCUGGCCGGACAUGAAAGAACCCUUCUCAGCCCAUAAUGCCACUCUGAACCACCUUUGUGGCACUGUGGGCUACUCCUAUAUGUGCCGCAAGGAGCAAACUCUCAGCGUGGUUCCAGAGUUGGCCAUCAACACCUUCGAGGUGCAGGUGCAGCCCUUCAACCUCACCCAGGACCAGUUUGCCACAGCCGAGGAAUGCCAGCUGGAUAAAGACGACAUGUUGAUCGCCAUCGUGGUCGGAGCGGCCCUGGCCGGUCUGGUGGUCAUCGUGCUGGUGGCCUACCUCAUUGGCCGCAGGAAGAGCCACAGCGGCUAUCAGACCAUCUGACGUAGCAUCCCCUCACAUGCCCCUCCCCUCUUCCUUUUCCAUUGAUAACUUAAUACCAGCCUUACCACUCCUGUCUGUACGCCUCCCUCCCGUUUCCAUCCCUAAAAAUGAUCUGAGGGUAGAUGAUUUUUCUUCAUAACAAAAAUGGAUGAAGCGCUCAUUGCAGUGCAAAAGGCGAACUCUUGACUGCAUUUGUGAUAUUUAUGACAUGAAAAGGGAAUUGUGGGAUUUAGUUUUACUGGUUUUUAAGGGAAAAAACUGGUGUUCACUGCAGUCAAGACUCAUUUAGUUAAGCAGAUUUGCAAGCGUUUUUUGUUUUGCACAUUUUUUGUCAGGUGUUGGUAAUAAAUCUCAGGAAGUCCGGUGGGAAUGUUACAUGCGACGCAAACAUUGCACUUGGGGGAGAUGAUUUUAGGGGAUGUUGAGGGGGUUAGUCAUAGUAACGAAAACACCGCCACAAUUCACUACGGGUUCCAAUACAGGGCCUAUCUAGCCAACACACUAUGCAGGUUAUACUCUGCUGGUUCUGAUUAAACGCCACAUAAAGCGGCACCAACUCACUGCUCCGGUUCCAUGACGAUAAAGCAGAUGACGCCAGUGAGAUGCCGGUUCCGAUAGAGCGGCACCACAACGCUGGUCCUGCUGAAGCGCCAUUGCCACCACGUGCUACUGUUCUGAUAAAACGCACCACCUUACUCGCCAUUUGUCGGUAAAUUGCCACAGCUAGCUACGUCGGUUUCCGAGACAACGUCACAACUCUGUACAGCAGUGCCGCAAGUGAAAGCAUCCGAAAAUGUCAUUUUGCUUGUAAUCAACUACAGAUUACAAUUAUGAUAGCGUUAGCUUGGUUUAUCACAUACUGUGAUGAUUUUUCUUGUUACACACCGCUUACAAAAAACACGCUCCCGAGAAGUGGCCAAGGUCAGUUUUUUGUGCCUUUUCUUGCCUGCUGCAACAGGAACAACAUGAUAUAAAGGUACUCGCUUGAUGCAUUUAUGGAACAUGUUCUUUGUGUCUGGCAUUGCUUCUUGGACGGAGGCGUGUGUAUUACACAUGUAUUGUGACAUGUGAUGGGAGAAAGUGCAGAUACAGUCGUUCCUCGCCAUUGCAAAUCGCUCCCUCAUUUGCUGUUUAAAAAAAAGUCAUGUAGUAUUGUGGUCACUAGGCGUCAGUAAGGUUACAUUGAUAAGACAUUAACGCUGCAUCAACCAUGGCAUGUCUGACAUAGUGAAAAAAUUCUCCCAUAUGGAAGUGGUUUGUCCUUCGUGAAUGUUUGAAAUCUUUGUUUAAAUAGGAGGCUAGCUAGUUAGUUCGGUAGCAUGCUGUGCUUAAAGCGGCAGCCAUUUUGUGUCCCGUGUGUAAAUGUGACCAGGUGUAAUUUAAUGUCUGCGGGGCUAAUAAUGGUAACGUAUUUAGAAAGAAAUUGGUCACGAGGUCCGACUAUUUGUCUAAAUGUUGGUUUGGUCACUUAUUUGUGUGCUUUUAGUGGAUUUUGGAUUUGUUCUGAGAUGUUUUCUAAAUGAUCAAUAAAAAGUUUUGAAAGUU